AGCGGUCAUUGUGAUGUCAUCCCAGAGCCCUCAGGGAAAUGUAGUUUGUUCAUUCUCCAGCUAGGGAAAGAUCUGGGGCCGUGGACUACCACUCCCGUGAGGUAGUGCGCAGUCCCACCCCAUAAGCGGCGUCUUCGAACGCGCCGCGGCAGCCAUGUUGAUCGUGGCUAGCACAGGGGCCGGGACCAGCGGGUUUUAGAAGCAGGUGUCAUGAUGUUGUCCGCGGUGUUGAGAAGAACCGCGCCAGCGCCUCGGCUCUUCCUUGGGUUAAUCAAAUCUCCAUCUCUCCAAAGCCGGGGAGGUGCUUACGGCCGUAGCGUAAUCACCGGAGACCGCGGGGAGCCGCAGCGGCUAAGAGCUGCCGCCUGGGUGCGCCCUGGAGCAUCUUCUACCUUGUUCCCCGGACGGGGGGCAGCCACUGGGGGGCGCCGUGGAGAACACGCCGAGAUCCCCUACCUGACUGCCGCCUCGUCGGGACGCGGUCCUAGCCCCGAAGAAACCCUUCCUGGACAAGACAGCUGGAAUGGGGUCCCCAACAAGGCGGGUCUGGGCAUGUGGGCCUUGGCCGUGGCGCUGGUGGUUCAGUGCUACAACAAGAAUCCAUCUAACAAGGAUGCAGCUCUAAUGGAAGCUGCCCGGGCCAAUAACGUGCAGGAAGUCAGAAGGCUGUUAUCAGAAGGUGCAGAUGUCAACGCAAGGCACAAACUUGGCUGGACAGCACUGAUGGUGGCAGCCAUCAGCCACAAUGAGAGUGUGGUGCAGGUCCUGCUUGCUGCUGGAGCUGACCCAAACCUUGGGGAUGACUUCAGCAGUGUCUACAAGACUGCCAAUGAACAGGGAGUCCAUUCUUUGGAAGUCCUAGUCACUCGAGAGGAUGACUUCAACAACCGACUAAACCACCGUGCUAGCUUCAAAGGCUGCACAGCCCUGCACUACGCUGUCCUGGCCGAUGACUACAGCAUCGUCAAGGAGCUGCUAGAUGGAGGAGCCAACCCCCUUCAGAGGAAUGAGAUGGGACACACGCCCCUGGAUUAUGCCCGGGAAGGGGAGGUUAUGAAGCUUCUGAAAACUUCUGAGACCAAGUACUUGGAGAAACAGAGGAAGCGUGAGGCAGAGGAGCGGCGCCGCUUCCCACUCGAGCAGCGAUUGAAGGAGCACAUUAUUGGCCAGGAGAGUGCCAUCGCCACUGUUGGUGCUGCAAUCCGGAGGAAGGAGAAUGGCUGGUACGAUGAGGAGCACCCUCUAGUCUUCCUCUUCUUGGGAUCAUCUGGAAUAGGGAAAACUGAGCUGGCCAAGCAGACAGCCAAGUAUAUGCACAGAGAUGCCAAAAAGGGCUUCAUCCGGCUUGACAUGUCUGAGUUCCAGGAGCGACAUGAGGUAGCCAAGUUUAUUGGUUCUCCACCAGGCUACAUCGGCCAUGAAGAGGGUGGCCAGCUGACCAAGAAACUGAAGCAGUGCCCAAAUGCAGUGGUCCUCUUUGAUGAAGUGGACAAGGCCCAUCCAGAUGUGCUCACCAUCAUGCUGCAGCUGUUUGAUGAGGGUCGCCUGACAGAUGGCAAGGGGAAGACCAUUGACUGCAAGGAUGCCAUCUUCAUCAUGACUUCCAAUGUAGCCAGUGAUGAGAUUGCCCAGCAUGCUUUGCAGCUCAGACAGGAAGCUUUGGAGAUGAGCCGAAAUCGAAUCGCUGAAAACCUUGGGGAUGUCCAGAUUAGUGACAAGAUCACCAUCUCAAAGAACUUUAAAGAGAAUGUGAUCCGACCCAUCUUGAAAGCUCACUUCCGGAGAGACGAGUUUCUGGGACGGAUCAAUGAGAUUGUCUACUUCCUCCCUUUCUGCCACUCAGAGCUCAUCCAGCUGGUCAAUAAGGAACUGAACUUCUGGGCCAAGAGAGCCAAGCAGAGGCACAACAUCACACUACUGUGGGACCGCGAGGUGGCAGACGUGUUGGUUGAUGGCUACAACGUCCACUAUGGUGCCCGCUCCAUUAAGCAUGAGGUAGAGCGCCGUGUGGUAAACCAACUGGCAGCAGCCUAUGAGCAGGACCUGCUACCAGGGGGCUGCACCCUGCGUAUCACUGUGGAGGACUCAGACAAGCACCUCCUCAAGAGCCCUGAGCUGCCCUCACCCCAGGCUGAGAAGCGUCCACCUACAUUGCGACUGGAGAUCAUUGAUAAGGACAGCAAGACCCGCAAACUGGACAUCCAGGCACCACUCCACCCCGAGAAGGUGUGCUAUACCAUCUAGCAUCCACCUGUCUGUGCCCUGAACAUCUAAUAAAGGCCCCUUGCUGUGGCAUGGCAACUGAUCUACCUUGCCCUCAUGCCUUUCC